GGCGCGGCGGGAUCGUCGAUGGAGAUCCCCAGCUGGCUGCUGCUGCUGCUGGUGCUCGGCGGCGGGGAGGCUGUCUACACGCCAUGGGGCGACUUCUACGUGGAGCAGGAAACCGACUACCACAGCCCGGCCUCGCUCGCAGGGCGGAAGGGUUCCCCGACGGGCGUCUCUUCGGCGGUGGCGUUCAGCCGGGCCCUGGAGCCGGACGACGCGGCUGAGCUGGUCACGAGGGGGCGCGCCGAGGCCGCCGUGAUGACGGGGGGUGACGGGCCCGAUCCCAGCGUGCCCGAGUCGGUGGACUGGAGGGGUGGCCGGAUGGGCCAUCCAGCCUACUCCCCUGGGCAGGCGCCCCGCCUCAGUACCUCGGGCCGCCGGCUCCGAGGCAAGCAGGCCAUGUCCUUCCUCUUCGGUGACGCCGAGGGCGCGGGGGCUGCUCUCGUGCCAGCGUCGGAGCCGAGCGGCGGCACGCCCACGCCUCUGCCGGAGGCUGCCGAUGGGUACGGGUGGCUGUGCGGCGAUCUGGCCUGCUGGGACGGGGGUUUUGCCUUCGGCACCGAGCUGCGCCCUAGCCAGCCACCUCGUGUCGGACUGAGUGGGCCGGGCGAAUGCGGCAUCGCCGCUGGCCGCAGCGGAAGACAUCACCCAGUGGAGCUCGUUGAGCUCGGCCGCAUGUCGGAGCGGCGCGAGGCCAAGCUGCCGGGGGCCUCCUGGCUCCGAGGCGUCGGCGACCUGCUCGGGAAGAGGAUGCUCGGCUACGAGUCACCUCGCCCGUCCGCGCUGGCUCCCUCCGCGGCCCGAGCCGAGGCGGCCGAGGUCGACGACCUCCGUGUGCGCUGGAUCGACUACGACGACGCGGGGGUCAGGUACAAGGGGUGGAAGACGGUGCUGCAGGAGGCCACCAGGCACGGCAGGACGCCCAAGGUCUGGUGCGCGGAGUGGGCUCGCGGGACGGGCAUCUCGCGCAAGGACCGGGCCUGGGCUGAGGUUGAGUGUCUCAUCGAGUGUCUCUGGCUGGUCGGCAGCGACGACCAGCUGAACGUGGGCGCCGCCGCGGCCCUGGAUGCGGUCGCCCGGCGUCUGCUGCAGUACGUGGAGGCCUACGCGGGGGAAGUGGACAAUCCCCAUUGGAGCGCAGCCAAGCACUUCGGCGCCACCUCUUCGGCCCUGGACCUUGUCUCCAAGGGGAUGUGCAUGUGCGCCGCGCGGCAUGCCAAGGACGAGCUGGAACUGGGGCGCGCGGCCGCCGGCCACGUGAUGCUGGGCGCCCAGGGCGACGACGGCCCGACCGUCGCCUGCGAACCCCACAGGGCGCGUGCCUUCCUGCCUCUCCCUCCGCUGAGUGCCGUGGGCAUCCCUGCGGCCGCCGCGGGCGGGGGGCGCAGACGGCUGCUGCGAGACAUCAACGCGGCCAUUGAGGCACUGAGUUGGAUGCGCGGCGGGGAUCAUCGACCUGCCCCACGGCAGAUGUCGGCGUCCACCGAGAAGAAGAUUUUGGGCCUACAAGCUGAUGUGCGGCAGCGCGUCGUGGAGGCGGCCUCCCGCUGGUGCGACGUUGACAGCGCCGUCAGCGAACGUUGGGCCUUGGCCAGGCUCUUGAAGGGGCGCUCGGGGUAUGCGCCGGCGCCUUCAUGCAGUGUCGGGUCCUGCGAGUACUCGAAGGUAUCUAUGCCGAGUGACUUGCACGGGUUUCCGUCACUCAUCUCGAUGUUGCCUUCGGAGGCGAGGAAGCACCUCGAGGAUUUUGAGAAGCUUAUGCUCCGGCCCGCGCAGGAGUCGGAAAUAAUUAAACAAUACGAAGGGGUGCCGGGCUGCCACGCUGACCUGGCGCUGCAGAAGGAUCCUCGUGCCUGCGGCCGCCUUGUGCGGAGGGUGGCGAGAGUUGGCAUGGUGACUUUCACUCGUGACCCGGCCUGCGUGCUGGGAGUCUUCUUCGUCACAAAAAAGGCCGACAAGCUCGGGCUGAUCGUCGAUUGCAGGCGAGCCAACCAGCUGUUCCAGAAGCCCCCAGGCGUCGCCCUCCUGAGCGGCGAGGGGCUGUCCAGGGUGGAGAUCGACGACCCCGAGGGCCUCCUGGAGGGCUUGCCGGUUCACCUCGGCGUCGGGGACGUCGCCGACUGCUUCCACAGGAUGAGGUUAGUGAAGACGGCGGGGGGCGACAUCCGGCGCUACUUCUGCUGGCCGCCCCUUGCGUCCAAGUUCGCCGGCGUCUCCGAGGUCGACGGGGUGGCCGUGAGGCCGGACGAGAAGAUCUGGCCCAUGUGUGCGAGCUUUCCGAUGGGUUUCUCGUGGUCGCUGCACUUCGCCCAGACCGCGAACGCCCAGCGCCUGGGCCGCCAGCCCGCGCUGCGGCAGAGGCAGGCCCAGAGGGACUUCGACGCCGACGCGCUGCGCUUCCACGAGAUGGAGGUCUUCGACCACGGCGGGCCCUCUCUGGGCUGGCAUCUUGACGGCGACGCCCGAGUCGCCCGGCCCAGUGACAAGCGUUUUGCCCUGGUACGCCGUGGCGUCCGGGCGUUGCUUCGGCAGAGGAAGGUCUCUGGCUGGCAGGUCGAGGCCGUCCUCGGGUACGUUGUUUUCCUGUGCCUGAUGCGUCGGGAGCGCCUGUCGAUCUUCCACGCGGUUUAUCGGUUCGUUCGGGAGUCCUACGCGAAGUUCCAGCGUCUGUGGGCCGACUGGAGCCAGCCGUGGACGCCUUGCGUCUACGCCAGCGACGCGAGUCUCCACGGCUUCGGCGUCUCCCAAUCCCUAUGGUCGCAUCGUGACGUGGCCGAGGUCGGGCGCGUGCCUGAGCUCAGCCGCUACCGCCUGGGCGGCGCCCGAGCCCGAGAGCACGUCUUCGAGGUUGCCGGCUUCGAGGUGGACCCUGAGAGCGGCGACGUGGAGCGCGACUUCCUGGGCCGGCCCGUGCGGCUCGACACGGGGGCGAGAGAGAUUCUGGAGGCUUUCCUGGCGCAGGUGGCGGACGAGAUCCCAGACAGGCUGGCCGGGGCGCCAGGCCUGGCCGGCCGAGACGCCCCCGCGGACGUCGAGGGAGAGGACGGCAGCGAGAGCGACGGCUCCGCCCUUUUGGGCGCGCGGCCGACGCCGCUGGAAGCUCGGUCCGUGACCGAGACAGCUGCUGCCCAGUGCCGCCAGCGCGUCCUCGCCUUCUUGAGCUGGGGCCCCUUCUCAGAGACGGUGGAGGGCCCCGCGCGUCGGGGCGUCGCCCUGACCGAGCUCACGAACCACGAGUUCGAGCAGGAUCACACAAACUGGAGGGCGGAGAGGCUCCUGGCGGGCAUCAUCUCUCACUCGCCGCGCUACAAGAAGAACGGCUACGACAAGCCGCGGCGCACCCUGCGCGCGCUGAAGGGGUGGUGCAGGGGGUCGCCAUCUCGCUUGAGAAGGCCCUUGACCGUGGGCAUGUGGGUGUCCAUUGCGGUGGAGAUCGCGAUUUCGGGUUUCCUGAUGGCCGCAGUACUGACCCUGACCAUGGUGGAGAGGUACCUGUGCCCUGGAGAGAUGCUGGCCCUGACGCGGGCCUUUUUCCGGCCACCCGCCCACGGCGGGGUGGCCGCGGGGGUGCUCCCGCUCUUCCCACAGGAGUCCAGCCUGCUGUCCAAGACCGUCGAGAGCGACGACAGCAUCCCCCUGGGCUCGGAGCGCCUCCUGGGCUGGAACUACCGCGAGCCCGUGAGCGUCCUCAGGCGCGUUGCCGACAACCUGAACGGGGCAGUGGUGCAAUCUCGGGGGCUUCACACGGGGGCCAGCGCCGACCGCGCCGAGAGCCUCAGAACCCAGGAGCUGGUGAUGAAGCGCGAGAAGUGGCUGGCGGUUCGAGGUGUCAGGAGGUGCGGCGAGGCUGGGCGCGUCCACCAGGCGUGGCGGGAGCUGGUCUCCGAGGGCCAGG